AGUCUCCUUCCAGUAUCACAUUGAAGAUCAUCCAGGACGGUUCAGUGCGUUCAGAGUGUCGCUCUUCUGCAAAUCUCAUCAACACCUUGACGACGAGUCCGUGUGCCACGCGCCGAAAUGAUGCAAUACGCCAUUGCGAUCUGCUGCUCAGUGUUUGCACUGCAAGUGCUGGGUCAGUUCAACGAGGCAGCGAGAUUCAAUGCCUUCAACGCCUUCCGACAGCCGCAGGUCACGGCGCGUCCUAUCCAGGCUCAGCAGCGAUCGUCCUCAUGCGCCGAGUCCAACGGACGCUACCCAGUUCACGGGCAGUGCGACGCCUACCUUGAGUGCCGCGAUGGCGUGCCCGAGGAGAAACUCUGCCCCGACGGAUUGCUGUUCAACGAGAAGGCCGGAGUGUUCACAUAUCCCUGCUCAUAUCCGAUUGAUGUGGAGUGUCCGCAGGGUAGACAAGCUCUGCAAGCCGCCCAGCCCACGGACGACUGCCCGCAUCAGUUUGGCUACUUCCGCCUGGGAGACGCUUCCCACUGUGGCCAGUUCAUGAAUUGUGUGGACGGCAGAGGAUUCACAUUCGACUGCCCCGAAGGAUUGGCCUUCAACAAGGACACGUAUCGCUGUGACUGGCCAGAUCAGGUGCCCGAUUGCGAUGCUGAGGCCUUCCUUGGCUUCUCCUGUCCAGCGCCACCGCCAGGCUUCGGUCCCGAGGAGACUCGCUUCUAUCGCUCUCCGCACGAUUGCCAGCGCUACUUCAUCUGCCUGGACGGCCGCCCGAGACUCCACAGUUGUGGCGAAGGGAAUGCCUUCAACGAUCUGACCAACGCCUGCGACGGCAUUGAGAAUGUCACUUCGUGCUACAAUCCAUCAACCUACCGACAAGCCCAGCCGGUGGCAAUCCAGCCCACGCGUCGUCCUACAUCAAGGCCAGCUCUGCAGCCCGUCAAUUUCGAUCCCCGCGGCUCCUUCCGCUUCUAAGCAGCGCCCUGCGAUUGCUGCAAGUGCAGGAAAAACACCCUUGUAAUGCCAGCGAAGUGGGAAAUACACGAAAUAAAUGUCGGAAGAGUG